AUGGAUCCCAGCGGCACGGCGAACCGCAUUGAAACUGCAAUCGAAGCGAAUGAAGCACGGAAGAAGGCUCUCUUGAAACAUAUCCACGAAUUGGAAACCCAGUUAGCCACCGUGGACAAUCUCAUUGCAAAAGCCGAAGCUCAUAUAGAUGUACCCGACGAUCCUGACAGCGACGAAGACGCGUUUGUAGUGAGCGUCCCCGGUGCGCAGGACGCGGUUCCUCCCUUUGGUGCAACAGAACUGGAAGACCUGCGUUCGCCAUUCUACGAAGAAAGUCAGAGACACAUUACAUACAAUGAGCUCACCUCCAAUCGGCUAUGGACAGAGGCUGAGGAUACGGCUCUGAAGGACGCCGUUCAACGAGAGGGCAUGCGUUAUCACGCAUUACAGCUGCAGAAACAAGGGUAUAACGCAUUAAUUGCGUUGAAGGAUGUUCCCUUGUCAAGCUAUGGGGAACUCAGAACGUACCUUGACUGGGAGAGAGUCGCCAGAUAUAUUCCUGGGCGAAUUCCUUCCAUGUGCAAAGUCCGGUGGCUGGCUCAUCUGCACCCAGGGGUCAAUCGCGGCGAAUGGUCUGAAGAGGAGCGGGCAGAACUCAUAAAAGCAGUGAAUCAGGCGAGGCAACUGGUUGCUACAGAAUUGAUGGAUGAAGGAGUCGUGGACUGGGAGGCAGUCGCUGCUGCGGUGGGAAAUGGAAGGAUUGCGAUCGACUGCAUGAAGGCAUACCAGGCUUUGGGUGUCGCCAAAGCUGCACAUUUAACAUGGACACCAGAACUCGACGCUGCCCUCCUAGAGGCUGUAGCUCAGCACGGAGAGAACAAUAUGGCAAAGGUUGCGACUUCGAUGCCAAUCAGCAUGACCCGACAGCAGUGUAUUGCACGCCACCAAGUCCUUUCAGGCAAAGUCAAAGCUGGAACCUGGUCCCCGGAAGAGGACGCCAAACUGGAAGCUCUUCUGGAAGAAUAUCCCGCUAACGUCAAGAGAAGAUGGAAACUCAUUUCUGCAGCUAUGGGCACCAGAACCGAGAGGCAGUGUCGUAUCAGAUUUCAUGACGCACUGGACAAGUCUGUACGAAGAGACGAUUGGACAGAUGCCGAAGAUCAAAUUAUUAAGGAUCUAUUGGCGUCGGGUAUUACAAUGGACCUCCCCAAGCUAGCAAAGGACCUCAAUAGACCUCUGGAAAAGCUCAGGAAGCGUGUAGGAGCAUUCUCAAAGGGACACAGUCCAAGUCAGAAGUACAUGACAAUGGCCAUGCGCGCUCGUGUGACGAAGCCCACCGCACAAACAAGCAGCGCGGCCGAAUUGGAGAAUGCAGGACAGUCUACCUCUGGCCCUCCCAGAAGAAGCAAGAGGUCAAAACCGGCUGCUGACACGACAGUAGAGGAGUCUGAAGAAGAAAGCGAUGGACUGGACGAAGAUUCUGAUUUUGAGGAGCGGGCGGUUCGCCAGCCGCGGACCAGACGCAAAGAACAGAAAUGA